CGCACGUCGUUAGUAACGGAGUCAUCAUGAGGCUGGUGAUAUCAGCAGCGGCAUUGCUCGUGACGGCAACAUGCGCGGUGGCAGCGCAGUCAUACGUGGCACCCGCACCAGUUUUCCCGCCCAAAUUCAUCACGGUGGUCAAAGAGUCCAGGCAGGACCCUACCGCCUCAGGCGAACACAGCUCAUUCUUUGAAGCGUCCAACGGCCUCGUCGUCAGGCAGAACGGAAGCAGCGGUGCGAAUGGAGAAGCCAUCAUCGAGGGAGGCUACAGUUACGUUCAAGAAGACGGUUCGGUCGUUGCGUUGACGUUCAUCGCAGACAAAGGAGGUUACCAGCCAAGCUCCGAUCUUCUACCCGUCGGACCUCCCAUUCCUGCUCACUCACUCCUGCAGAUUGAGAGAGCACGAGCGCAGAAGAUCGAACGCCGUGAGAGUGAAGAGUUGCCCAGUUCCUACCUACCUCCUCAGGCGCGUUAUUCAGCCCCAACUACUACUACGCAGCAAUACACUGAAGUACCAAUCUCUGCGUAUAGUAGAACCACCAGGCGACCAUAUACACAAGCUUCCACUACUUAUAGACGCUACACUAUAUCUACGUCAACUGACGAGCCACUCGCAACAACAACUACCACCACAGAAGUUCCUGUCCCUGAAAAAGAAGAUGAUUCUGAAGAAAUAGUGACCUACUAUUUGACCCCAUCAACAACUCAGGUACCUACAACAACCACUACCACCACCACAGAAGUUCCUGUACCUAAGGAAGAAGAUGAGUCUGACGAAAUAGUGACCUACUAUUUGGCCCCAUCAACGACUCAAGAACCUACAACAACCACCACUACCACAGAAGUUUCUGUCCCUGAGGAAGAAGAUGAUUCUGAAGAAAUAGUGACCUACUAUUUGGCCCCAUCAACGACUCAGGAACAUAUUCCAACAACAACUACUACAGAGCUUUCUGUCCCUGAAGAACAAAAAGAUGAAUCUGAAGAAAUAGCGACCAACUAUUUGCCACCGUCAACAACUCAAGAACCAGCCGCCUCAUUAGUCCCCACCGAAACCGAAGAAGAAGCGGAGUCUGAAGAAAUAGAGACUUAUUAUUUGCCACCAUCAACAACCCAAGAACCAACGACAACCACCACCACAACCGAGGCCCCUGUCCCUGAAGAACACACUGAGUCUGAUGAAAUAGAGAAUAACUAUCUGCCUCCGUUAACAACUCAAGAACCAACGGCUACCUCUGCCCCAACUGAGGCACCUGAGCCCGCAGAUGAGUCAAAUGAAACAGAGACAAAUUACUUACCCCCGUCACCCACUCAAGAACAAACGACCACCACCAUAACUGAGGCUUCCGCAAACGAAGAAGAAAACGAGUCGGAUGAAAUCAAUUCUUAUUAUUUGCCCCCAUCAACGACUCGAGAGCCAUCACCCACGACAACAGAAGCUCCUAAAACGACUCUUCGCCGAUUUUUCCCAAGAUUUGGAGGGACUUAUUUCUCACCGAGGGUAAACUUUAAACCAAGAUCAUAUACUACAACCCCCAGACCCAGAUCGUACACAACACCUCGCUCAUAUACAACACCUCGUCGGUCGUACACGAUCCCUCGCCGGUCAUACACCAGGCGUCCAUACCUUCUGUACAAAGCACCGAGAAAAAUUGUUAUCAAUCAAUUUCAACCCCGCACUAUUAAUAUUCCUUUCGACUCUUCUAACAAAGCAGUGCUGGUUGACGACAGCAACGACAAAGUUCCAUCUCACGCAACCCAAGUAAAUGAGGAAGUAGCGGUUCAUGAAACUGAUCAAAAGCAGGAAGAACUUAAGCUAUCUAUAACUGUUAAUUCAGCCGCACUUGUUACUGGAUCUGAGGAUGUAAUUGAAAUAGUGACUGAAUAUGGGUCAAUAGAUGCUGGAAAUAUCCAAGAACCGUCAGUGGAGAACGAUAUUAUAGAAGAAACGAGUCAAUCCACAAAUUUGCAAGAAGAUACUGUUACUGAGAGGUCUGUAUUUGCAGCAGAAGACGCUUUGCUCGGUGAAGUUAUCUCCGGAUCGCCUGACUCUUCUGAGUCAUUAGUCUCUGCGCUUUUUGAUGACGAAACUGCUGAUGCACCAGGCGUGGCAAACGAGGUUUUGCUCACUGAUUCGGACGGUGUCGCCUUAGCAAUAGAUGCACCUACAUCAGACACCACUGAAGCAGCAGUGCCUGAGACUGGAUUUGAAAGAGUAUCUCUCAAAGAACCAACCGAAACAGUAGAAACACCGCUGAAUCAAAAUGUGGAACCUGUAGAUGAUGUAUCUGCAUCUGACACCACUGAAGCAACAGUGGCCGAGAUUGCGUCAGAAAUAGUUUCUGUUGAACCAAAUGAAGCAGUUGAACCGGUGUUCAGCCAAAUUGUUGAACCAGCGGAUGGAGUACCUGCACCUGACACAACUGAAGCAUCUGUGGGAGAAAUUGAUGCAGUCUCGGUUGCAGAAUUCAGUGACAUCCUAGAAACAGAGAUCAGUCAAAGCGGGGUACUUGCAGAUGAAACAAUUCCGGAAACAACUGAAAUAUCAGCGGCUGAGACUGAUGCAGCAACAUUAUCUGUUGAAGAAGCAGUUGAACCAUUAGUCAGUCAAAGUGUGAUUCCUUUUGAUGAGGUCAUUGCAUCAGUUAACAAUGAAGCUACGGUGGCAGACUCUGCUACAACUAACAUAGAUGUUGGGCCAGUUGAAGCAAUUGGAGGAGUGAUCAAUCAAAAUAUUGUGGCACCUGCAGAUGAAGUACCCACAUCUAACAUCGCUGAAGCAUCAGUAUCAGAGACUGCAACAGAAAGCAUUGCGGUUGAAGAACCGGUUGAAUCAGUUCCAUCACUGAUAAGUCAUGAUGUUUCAUUAAAUGAUGCUAAUAUAGCUUCUGAUUUAGCAAACAGCCCGACAACUGUGCAGGUAUCAGAAGUUUCAUCGACUGGAUCUUCUCAUGCAACUGUGAACACUUUUCAAAUCGUGACCGAAGGUGCAUUUGAGAGUGUUGAAAGAAUUGACAUUGAAGAACCGCAUCAGCUAGUAGGAGCUCUAAAGGAUUUAGCAGCUGAGACAGGAUCUUUUGGAUUAGAAAGUACAAGUGAGUUAGCUUCUGAUUCUCCAAGUCAACAAUUUCAAACACUCAGUGAGGUGUUUCAAGCUAUAGGAGGUGUAGAUGAAGCUCAAGUUCCUGCAGAAUUUCAAGCUCCAGUCCAACCUAGUGCGCCUCAACCGAGAUCCUUUACAAUUUUCCGAAGUUCCGAGGAUGAUUCGGAAAAUUUAGCAACAAUCUCACGGACCUCAAAUGGAGUCCUCAAUACUGUCGAUAACAGUGAUAACAGUCUAAUUGAAAUUAAACAGGCUUUGGAAAGAUUUGAUUCUCUAGACGAUGCCUUGUCUCGUGAGAGAGACAGCAGUGCCCUGUCAGGUUUCGGAGCAUCCCUGCUUAAACCACAGCACAGUGUUCACACGGACCUCGGAGGAGUGGUGGAAUCCUUAAGAAGGUUCGAAUCUAGAGAGAGUUUUGAGAAUAAAACCAUCGAUAACUCACCAGAGGUUAAUUCAACAGAACACUUUUCAAGCACGGAAGAUCUGUUUGAUGACUUGGCACCUUCAUCUGCUUUUAGCUUAUUUUCCGAAGUUUCACAGGCCAAGCUACCCUCAGGCACUGAAGACGAACAGACUUUCUCUUCGUCAAGCCUAACGCAAGCUUUAGUCCUCAAUUCGUCGGUAUCGUCUUUAGAAGAUUCUACUGAUUCUCCGCUAGACGAUAUAUUCAAUUCCAUAGAAGUCACAACAGAAUUUGAUCCAGAAACAUGAGUCAAGUAAACUUGUCAAUGCUUUAGAUUUUUAGACUUAAAACAGCUGUGGUGCUCAUUGCAAGCUAUCUGUGCUUGCAAUGAGCUGUGGUGCUCAUUGCAAGCUAUCGUCACGGCCACAUGAAACGUCUUUGUCUUAGAAGACAACUAGCAACUUAAGAUAGAAGGACAAAUGUUGUAAGUUAUUUAUUUUAUCUCUCUCCUAUUCUUGCCUAACGCAUUUAACUUUAUUUACUGAGAACGACUGCGUUGACAAGGUUUUGUCCAUUACUUAUAUUAUCAGUUUUGUCCAUUACUUAAUUUUAAUUUCGCAAUAA